GGGCAGGGCCGCCGGAGAGACAUGCAUAUUCCAAGUGUAAGUGUAGGAGGGCAAAGCAAAGGAGCGGCGACGCACACCACACGUCGUCGCCGACCUGCCCUCCCCUCCCCGUCAAUGUAGGGGUGAGUGCACGCAGCAUCAGAUUCCAUUUCCAUGCCGCCGGUCGAUCGUCUGCUAGCUUCGCCUUCCCCCUCUCGAUUGAGACCGUCUCUACCCGCGACGCCCAAGCCCAAGGAUGUCGACGUCGUCCCGCAGACGGAGAAAGCCGCCGUGCACCCGACUCCUGCUGCGGCUGAGACCAAGCACGGCAAGGCCGCCCAACACCACCACAAGGAGAAGGAGGCUGGCAAGGACAAGAAGCACCACGCCGGCGAGGACGGCAAGCACAAGGACAAGGAGAAGAAGCACCACGCCGACGCCGGCGAGGAGAGCAAGCACAAGGAGAAGAAGCACCAUGCGGACGCCGGCGACGAGGGCAAGCACAAGGGGAAGGAGAAGGAGGCCAAGGCGGAGCACGGGAAGCUGCACGGCGAGCUCAAGGCCGACAUGGUGCGCAGGGCCACCGGCUCCGGGCACGGGCAGGGGGCGAGCGUGAUCACGCUGGCCGGGGAGAACAAGGGCGCGUCCAUGAAGGUGGGCGGCAAGGGCAAGGACGGCUCGUGGAAGGAGCACCACGGCGGCCACCGGCUGGACGGGAAGCCGGUGGCCGGGCAGAAGAAGCAGGGGAUGAUGACGGCGCUGAUCAACAGCAACGUGCAGGUGAUCAACAACUCGCUGCUGCUGCACAGCUCAUGCAACGGCGGCGACCCCGGCGUGCACCUCAACCUCUCCGCCAAGUCCGCCAACAAAGACAAGCAGAAGCAUGCCGCUGCAAAUAAGAGCAAUUCUAACAGAUCAUGCCCCAAGGCUGAAACCACACCACAAUUGUUAUGAUUCCCAACCUACUUUCUCCAGAAAAAGGUAUUGCAGUUUACACCGAUAAGCCUAUGCAAUGUUGUUUACAAGGUUAUUUCCAAAAUGAUUGCCAUGAGAUUGAAAUUAUUUCUACCAGAAAUAAUAAACCCAACACAGAGUGCAUUUGUCCCUGGGAGGUUAAUUACGGGUAAUCUUCUUAUUGCUUAUGAAAGCUUGCACACAAUUAAGCAAAAAAAAAAACAUGCAAGGAUGGGUGGUGUGCGGUCAAGCUUGACAUGCACAAAGCAUAUGAUCGAGUAGAGUGGGUCUUCCUGGAAGCUAUUCUUUUGAAGCUCGGUUUUAAUGCUAAUUGGGUAAAGAUGAUCACGUUGUUUGUUUCUUCAGUUGAAUACAAAGUCAGGUACAACUCAG